AUGGACCACAUUUCUAUGGACUCGCAGCUUGCUACGGAACUCGAGAACAAAUAUUUUAAAGUCUACGCAAAUUUGCAAAAAGCUAGACGUCACGGCGCAGCAGAGCGUAUUGCUCAAGACAUCAUCGAUCAAAUGAAGAAGAUCUACGAGCAGAUGGUCACGGAAAAAGAUACAAUUGGCAUGGAUCACAUCCAGCAGCAAUAUAAGCGACAAAUUUCAACCCUCAAGCGGGAUAGUAAGAAUGCGAUUCAUCACUUCGCGAAAGCGGCGGAUUACGGCACGAAGGCGAGGAAGGAGAAGUGGGGAGCGGAGGUUCAAGAAACCCUGUUAUUGAUUUUACUGGAUGCCAGGAGAGAUGUGAUACUGAAGUGUCAUUUGCGAAGAGACGAGGAGGACCUACAGUCAUUCCGAACAAAGGCCCGACAUGGGAAUUCUGGCUGGAAACGUUUUUGGCUUUGGGUAAGAAGAGGGCGCCUGAAGAGGAAGGAAGGUCGAGUGGACAGUCUACGUAAUGAUCUUGUCCGGUGA